AUGUUUCCAAUAUUUCUUUUGCUCCCUAUUUCAAUUAUUAUGAAAAAAACAUCAGACCAAGACAUAAUACAUGCUAUUGAUUGUGGAAAUUAUAUGAGAUAUCAUUCUUUUAAUGGUAUUAAAUAUAAGAGUGUAAAUAUAUUUAAUUAUGUUUAAAGGAUAGAUUCUUUUAAGGUUCUUCAUAAUUUAUUGAUUAUAAUAAUAAGAUAGAAAUUAUAUAAAUAAAAGAAACACUUGAUUAAGAUAUAUUUCAAACUUAGAGAUAAGGAUUCAAUUUUUUUUAUUAACUUCCAUUAAAUAUGAAUUCAUCUGAAAUUUAAAAUUUCAUAUUGAUGCUCGAUUUUGCUGAAGUAUUUUUAAUCAUUUAAAAUAGUUACAAUACUCGAAUAGUAAUGAAAGAAUAUUCGAAGUAUAUUUAGGAAAUAAAUUGAUAAUAGCGAAUUUAGAUAUUUAUAAAGAAGUUGGAAGGGAAACUGCUUUAACAAUAGAAAUUCAUUUUUAAAUAUAAGGUUAAGAGGCGUUUUAUAAAGAUGAAUUAUUAUUAGGUGCAAUAAAUAAAAAAAAUGAAUUGAUAAUUCGGUUAAAAGCAAUUAAAAAUUAAGCAUCGAUAGCUGGUAUAAUAUUGAAGUUUGGAGGAAAGUAAAAUAAUUAAAGUGAUGUUGAAGAGAGAAAAAUUCGAAGAAAUCCAAUAAAAGGAAUAGAUGGAUUAAAGAAAUUAUCAGAUGAAAGUUUGAAAAUAGUAGAAUAAGAAGUGAAAGAAAAUUAAAAGGAUAGGGAUUAGAAUGAGGAUUAAGAGGAUAAAAGGAUCUAAAUAAUGGAGAUAAAAUUAUUAGAAUUUUCAAAAAGAUUAAUGACUUUAAUAAUAUAAACACCUUUAGGUAUUUUACUGGGAAGUAGUUUUUUAUUGAUAUGUUUGAUUACAUUGUGGGAGUUAAGAGAGAAUAGAAAACAAGAGAAUAAGAAUAUAGGAAAUAUAAAGGAUAUAAAAUAAGAUUGAUGAUGUUAUAAAUUG